CCCUGUAAACAGCCUCAAUCCUUUCAUUCGACCCUUUGUUUGUGAUUGAGCAUCUGAUUCUCAGUCCAUUUGGUGAGGCGAGAUUCAGACAGUGGGGUGACAGCACGAGAGCUCCCGCCUGUUUGGCUUUAUUUGAGCCCAUCACACCUCCACCAGCUGCCAUCCGUGGUCUGGCCCCAUUCAUCCAGGAAGAGAAAGAAGAACCUCGAGGACCAGCCACAGCCUAGUCAGGGAAUGCCAGGUGGCUUGUCACUGGUUCUGCAAAGAGUUUGUCUGCAGGACAGAAGAUUUCCAGUACGUGGUGGAACAGACUCCUCCAGGAUAAAGAGUUUGGAAAGUGCUGGAACGAGGGAAUAUUUCUAGCUCUGAUGGUCUAGCAUGGAGCCCCAGAAUGGAACUAUUAAGAAGGCAAUCUGCCUGUUCCUUGCCGUUAAAGAUGAGAAAAUGGAACUACUUGCAGCCUCCUUUUCUUUGUCUAGAGGGUCUCUGCUUCUCUCCCCUGCUGAAGAGAUGUCAAUGAUUGGGAGUUCCGAAGCAUUCCAGCCUGUGUCUCUGAAGCAAGAAGGAGAUGACCAACCCUCUGAGACUGAUAAGCUGUCCAUGGAGGACGGGGACCUAGGCAAGGACCCAGUGCCAAGCCAGAUUUCAAGACAGCCAAGUGUGACUGAAUCAACAUUCUACCCCAAUCCGUAUCACCGGCCUUAUAUCUCACGGAAGUACUUCGUUACACGGCCAGGAGCCAUUGAGACUGCCAUGGAAGAUUUGAAAUGCCACGUAACCAAGACUUCUGGAGAGACCAUUCAAGGCUUCUGGCUCUUGACAGAGAUAGACCACUGGAACAAUGAGAAGGAGAGGAUUUUGCUGGUCACAGACAAGACUCUCUUGAUCUGCAAAUAUGACUUUAUCAUGCUCAGCUGUGUGCAGUUGCAGCACAUUCCCCUGAGCGCUGUCUAUCGCGUCUGCCUGGGCAAGUUUGCGUUCCCUAGGAUGUCACUGGACAAGCGACAAGGAGAAGGCCUUAGGAUCUACUGGGGGAGUCCGGAGCAGCAAUCCCUACUGUCCCGCUGGAACCCAUGGUCCACUGAGGUGCCUUAUGCUACCUUCACUGAACACCCUAUGAAAUACACCAGUGAGAAGUUCCUUGAAACUUGCAAGUUGUCUGGGUUCGUGUCUAAGCUUGUUCCAGCUAUCCAGAAUGCCCACAAGAAUUCCACUGGAUCUGGAAGAGGAAAGGGACUGAUGGUGUUAACUGAACCCAUUUUGAUUGAGACGUACACGGGGCUGAUGUCAUUCAUUGGAAACCGCAACAAACUUGGCUAUUCCCUUGCCCGUGGGAGUAUUGGUUUUUGAGACUCUUUCAUGUAUAAGUACCUCAUCCAUAGAUAAAUCGUAAUUAAAGAUUCUGUUUCAGGUCACCGUA